CUGUUCUCAAAGCUGAUUGGUUAAUUUUCUUCUGACCGAAUUAAAAAAAAAGGUCUAGUGACGGUGACGAACUUUCAGAAGAAUCUGAAGUGAAAAGCACGUGCUUGCCGCGGUAUUAAACGUUACUUGACAAUUCUGGUUGAAUAAGAAAGUAUGGGGCGCGUUCGAAAAUUUCGUACGAUUUGUGGAAUCGAUGAACUUUCUAACGGAAACAAGUUAUGGAAAGCUAUGUUGGCCGAAUUCAUUGGUACGGCGCUACUAGUUUUUAUCGGCUGCGGAUCCUGCAUCUCCGGCUGGGACAAGGACUACAGCCCGUCUAUGGUCCAGAUUGCUUUAGCUUUCGGAGUAACCGUAGGAACCGUAGUUCAGGCCAUAAGUCAUGUUAGCGGAGGGCAUAUAAACCCGGCGGUCACACUGGCAUUUUUAGCUACCGGAAAAUGUUCUUUUAUUCGUGCCUUUUUCUACGUGUGUGCCCAGUGUGUGGGCGCGGUUGUAGGAGCAGCAGUUUUGAAGGCACUAACUCCCGUAGAGCAGCAAGGGUUACUAGGUGCCACCACUGUCCACUCACAUUUAAACCCUAUUCAAGGAUGUAUUGUGGAGAUCUGUAUCACGUUCGUCCUGGUCUUGACUGUAUUUUCUGUGUGUGACAGCAAUAGGCUUGACGUGAGAGGAUCGGCACCUUUAGCUAUUGGGUUGUCAGUUGCUACCUGCCAUUUAUUUGCUAUUAAGUACACCGGUUCUAGCAUGAACACAGCGAGGUCCUUUGGUCCUGCAGUGGCGGCUGGCGUCUGGAAAUAUCAUUGGGUUUACUGGCUAGGACCUAUCUUAGGUGGCGUUAUUGCCGGAAUGGUCUAUCAACAUAUUUUCUCUGCUUCACCACCAAAACUAGAAGAGCUAGAGAAGAUACGACUUAAGAGCCUCCGCCGUUACGAGGAGAAAGAAGUUGUUGAAGACAGGACUUCAUCUGUUUAAAACGUAUCAAAGAGGAAGAUCUUGUCAAAAACAAACUGAACAAUAUUCAAACAACACUGCCUUCCAAGAGUAGAUCAAAGACAUUUGAAGCCACCAAAGAACAACUCAUUUAGCUUAUUUUUAAUGUUAAAAAACCUCUUUUUAAAUGCAACAUUAUAAUUUAAUUCAAUUCCAAGAAGAAAUAAUUUUAAUCUCUAGUACUUUCAAAUGGCGGGUAUUUCUUCUUUAAGGGUUAGCAAAUAUAACCAUGGUUAAGAACUUCUACUGUUUGGAUGCAUUAGGAAUCAGAUAUUUUGUUUUUCUGCCAACUUUAAUUCUUUGUGCUCUACAAAAGAGUUGUAAGUUGGAAUUUAUUGCAAACUGCUUAAUAAUGUAAAACCACUUACCUGUUAUUUGGAAAAUAAGAUAAAUGAAUUUAAAUAAUGAAUUUUGUUCAAAUACAC